UGGAAAUUCUCCUUGAAACUUUCUUCUUCUUCUUCUUUCCAAAAGUUGGUAACGAAGAACUUGAAUUUAAGUCACAGUAAGAAAAUAAGAAAAUGAAAUUAAAAACGAUAAUGAAGAAGAAUAGUUCUAUUAGGUCAAUUUUCAUUCAUGCAGAUGGUUUUGAUAUUUUCUUGAUGAUUAUGGGAUUCUUGGGAGCAGCUGGUGAUGGAAUUUCGAUUACGUUAAUGAUGUAUAUCACCGCAAAGCUGAUGAACAAUUUUGGUGCUGAGAAUGCCUCAAUCGUUAACUAUUUCACGGAAGUCGUCAAUCAGAUUUCGCUGGAGAAGACGGUGGUUGGCCGGUGGCGGGUUUGAAUGACGAAAAAACACUGAACGACUUGAGGAAAAAAAUGACCGAACGCCUUCGAGGAGAUGGAUGAAGAUGGGAUGGAGAGAUGGCGGAGACGCUGGCCUUCGAUUCGCCUUUGUUUCGCCGUCGAUCGCUUAAGGGUUCAUUUGGGAUUGGGGAGAUACGAAUGGAAAUUGCAAAAUUGGGCUGGGUUGCUAGGUUGCCUUAAGCGUUGUUCAAGAAUAACCAUUCUGCAGAGAAGAAGAGAGGGAGAGACCUGAUUGACGACUUCCGUGAAAUAGUUAACGAUUGAGGCAUUCUCAGCACCAAAAUUGUUCAUCAGCUUUGCGGUGAUAUACUUCAUUAACAGAAUCGAAAUUCCAUCACCAGCUGCUCCCAAGAAUCCCAUAAUCAUCAAGAAAAUAUCAAAACCAUCUGCAUGAAUGAAAAUUGACCUAAUUGAACUAUUCUUCUUCAUUAUCGUUUUUAAUUUCAUUUUCUUAUUUUCUUAGUGUGACUUAAAUUCAAGUUCUUCGUUACCAACUUUUGGAAAAAAGAAGAAGAAGAAGAAAGCUUCAAGGAGAAUUUCCAGUAUCUUUAUC